CGGUGACUUGGGGUUCGCGCGGCUGGUGGGGCGCUGGGCGUGCCGCUGCGUCCUCUGUCCUCUCGUCGGGUCGCAGAGGCCCGGAAUGGCUCCGAGGUAGAUGGAGGACCCCGGAGUGAAGGCCUCCAAGCAAACACGGCACAGGAAGGAGGCCCGCAGCUUCCCGCACCCCGGCGUCCCGGCGGUCCCUCCCUGCAGGUUCCGGGGUUCGAGGCCACCCUGGCCUGGCGACCCCCUUCCCCGCUUUGGCUUGUCCACACCCUCCAGUUUAUAUUAGAAAUACUGAAGAGGACUGACCAGUUCUUGCAGUUACAAAUCAUGGCCCUGACCAAGGGUUCAGUGACAUUCAGGGAUGUGGCUGUAGACUUCUCACAGGAAGAAUGGGAAUUCCUGGACUCUGCUCAAAAGGACUUAUAUAGGGAUGUAAUGUGGGAGAAUUAUAGCAACUUCAUCUCACUAGCAGGACCUGCCAUUUCUAAACGAGAUAUGGUUACUGUCUUGGAUGAAGAAGGGAAGGAACCUAGGCUGGUUGUGAAGGAAGGAACCAGGAGAUUGCGGCUUGAUUUGGAGUCCAGGUACAAGGCUGAUACUUUAUCUCCAGAAAAGGACUUCUAUGAAGUUUAUUCAUUGCAAUGGGAGAUGAUGGAAAGAAUUAAAUGCUGCAGCCCCCAAGGCUCGAUUUUCAGAAAUGAUUGGGAAUAUGAAAGUAAGAUUGAGGGAAAGAAACAGCCACAAGAGAGUUACUUUGGGCAGGUAAAGAUUACCUCGGAUAGAAUCAUUACUUACAGAAAGCACAGUUUUCUUGAAUAUCAGAAAGUUCAUAAUGGAGAAAAGUUAUAUGAAUGUAAAGAAUGUAGGAAGACCUUUAUCCGCCGCUCAACACUUAGUCAACACUUGCGAAUCCAUACUGGUGAGAAACCUUACACAUGUAAGGAAUGUGGACAAGCCUUCAGACAGCGUGCACACCUUAUUCGACAUCACAAACUUCACACUGGUGAGAAGCCGUAUGGAUGUAAGGAAUGUGGGAAAGCCUUCACAGUGCUCCAGGAACUUACUCAGCACCAGAGACUUCACACUGGUGAGAAACCUUACGAAUGCAAGGAAUGUGGGAAGGCCUUCAGAGUGCAUCAGCAGCUGGCUCGGCAUCAGAGAAUUCACACUGGGGAGAAACCUUAUGAGUGUAAGGACUGUGGGAAAACCUUUAGGCAGUGUACACACCUUACCCGACACCAAAGACUUCAUACCUCUGAGAAGCUCUAUGAGUGUAAGGAGUGUGGGAAAGCCUUUGUGUGUAGCUCAGACCUUAGAGUACAUCAGAGAAUCCAUUUUGGUGAGAAACCCUAUGCAUGUAAAGAAUGUGGAAAGGCCUUCAGAAUAUGCCAACAGCUUACUGUCCAUCAGAGUAUUCACACUGGGGAGAAGCCCUAUGAGUGUAAGGACUGUGGGAAGACUUUUAGAUUAAGGCAACAGCUUGUUCGCCACCAAAGAAUUCAUACACGUGAAAAACCCUAUGAAUGCAUGGAAUGCUGGAAGACCUUUAGUAGUUACUCACAGCUUAUUUCACACCAGAGCAUUCAUGUUGGUGAGAGACCCUAUGAAUGUGAAGAGUGUGGGAAGUCCUUCAGACUGCUCUCACAACUUACUCAACAUCAGAGUAUUCACACAGUGUGAAGAGGAAAAGCAGAGGCACCUCUACAGCAGACUUAGGAGUCAUGAAGGACAUUCAGCAUGUGGGCAUCCCUGGCUUAAAACUAAGAAGACAUCUGGAAACAGUGGAAGAAGUGUGGUUAUGGACCAAGUGUUAGAUUCCAUGUAGAAUCCGUUCCUUGGGGAUGACCAUGUCAAGGUGGUUGCUGUAUAAACUGUCUGGUGUGUUAGAGAAAUACGUAUUUAUGGAAUGGGAUAUGCUGAUUAGAAUUAAAAUAUUCCAGCCAGCCAGACAUGGUGAGGAGGAAAUACAAUCCUGGCACUCCGAAGGUGGUGGCAAUGAGGAUUGCUGGUGCAAGGCCAGCCUCAGCUACAUGAAAGAGCUGGCACCUAGGUUGGCAAAACACUGAUAAUGACUAAAGUGGAGUGACAUGUUCAUGGGGGGGGGGGUCAUUGUUGUAUUUAUACUUUGGUAUGUGUUUGACACUCAGUAAUAAAAUAUUUAAAGUCAGAA